ACAUGGGGAUUAAUCCCACUAUGCAAAAAUAGGCAAAGGACUCUGAUUUUCCAUUCUUGAUUUGGACGUGUCUCCUCGGACAUGUAUUGAUGUGUUUUCGGGUUAAACCAUAACAGAAAACAUUUUCCGUUUUGCAUGUCCCUCCCUGUCUGCCAUUCUCGGAAGAUUGUCUACGCCGCAGCCGGCAUCCCCAUCCAAGACAGACGCCGUACAAAUCACCAUCAAACCCAUACCAUAAACCAUCAAAAAAUCAAACUUUUUUGUUUACAGGGUGUUUAAUAGGUGUGGAUUCUACAAGCAGAGAACAAUCAUGCUCAUUGAAACCCAGAUUCUUGAAGUUGUCAAUUUGAGGGUGUUAUAAUGAUAGCAAAAGAAAGUGAGUUGCUAGAGGGCUGGCAACUACCGCCUCGUCAGGUGUCACAGCGAACCUCUGAGGCGCUACAGAAUGUCUCGGGUAGUUUCGGUCUUCCACCAGCACGGGCAGCGCAUAGAAGAAGCCAGAGUGAAGUAGUGCCAUCUUCAAUUGAUAGGAGUGGCAAUAAUAAUGUUCCGAAAUGGAAGACACAUAUGCAAAGAGCUUUGCGUUGGGGGAAUAAUUUUCAGGGAGAAGGCCCGUUUUCUUCUUUCAAUCCUGAGGUUCUGGCCAAUCAAAAGCGGCAAUGGUAUCAGCUUCAUUCAAAAACGGUGGACGGUAAGAAAUACAAGGAGCCCACCUCACUUUUUGAACACUUCAUUAUAGUGGGUCUUCAUCCAGAGGCUAAUCUUAAGGCUGCUGAGGAUGCAUUUGCUAGGAAGAAGAAAUGGGAGCAAGAGUUGGAAAGGUCUGAUAUAGUAGAUAUCAGAAUGCUACCACACCGGGGCCCUCCACUUCCAUCUCUAGAACCUCAGAUACUUUUUAAAUAUCCUCCUGGAAAGAAACUGACUAUGCAUUCAAACGAUUUGGCUGCUUUCUGCUUUCCUGGAGGUGUUAAGGCACAUGUAUUAGAGAAGACUCCGUCAUUGAGUGAAUUGAAUCAACUGAUCUAUGGGCAGGAGCAUUUAAGCAGAGAUGACUUUUCCUUUUUAUUUUCUUUCAAGGUGGGGGACAGUGCUACCCUUUAUGGUGUUUGUUUACAAGUACGAGAAAUUGUUCAAAAACCGCCUGCUAUCUAUGUAAACUCGUCGGCUCCUUGCCAGUCACCUUUAGGUAGCAGUCGGUUUUUGGUUUCUGCACCUCGCUGUUACUGUGUUUUAACGAGAGUUCCUUUCUUUGAAUUACAUUACGAGAUGUUGAACAGUCUCAUUGCACAGGACCGUCUAGAUAGGAUAACCAAUUUGAUCUCCGAAAUUAGUCUUUCUGACUAUGUCCCUUCCCCACCUCCAGCCAAACUGAAUCAUCAAUCAAAUGGAAAUCAUUCUUCGACCUAUAGGGAUCGUGAUACAGAUUGGAUGGAAUCCGCCAUCCCCGUUGACAGUGCAAUUGCUCUAACUGCGGCCGCUGCUGGGAUAAUAUGUGAUGACGAGGUGACAUUAUCUUCUUCGAGGUGGGAAGUUUUGUCUCCUGCAAGCAUGAGUGCUAGUGAGGCAUCGGAUCAUUGUUCACUGAAAGAAUUGGGCAAGAAUGGUGAAAUGAAGUUUGGCUCCUUUGAUGAUUGUGCAUCUGAGGGCUCAGAAAGCCGCCCCGAUUUUGCUGAAAGGAACAAUGAUGGUGGCCAAACCUCAGAAGUUGGAUCAUCAAAUUUUGGCUCUAGACACCGUAAAUUUAGCAGUUCUGAUUCCGUAUUCAGUACAUCGAGGACUCUGUUAUCAGAGGAUGAAGAUGAAAUCUGCGAGAGCAAUGAGAGAGAUGCUGCAGAUGCAAUAAUGGAAUGGGCUCGGGAGAAUAAGAACGAGUUGCUGCAGAUACUUUGCAGUUAUAAUUCCUUGUCUCUUCCAUCACGGGGAAGUAAGAUUGUUUUUCAUCCACUCGAGCAUCUACCGGCAAUCGAGUAUAAGAGAUGUUCAGUUUCUGAACUUGGAUUUAGCUAUAAACAUUUAGCUGUUGAAUUGCAGGAUUUAGAAGUAAUUGCUAAGGCCAAUUUCGAUUUAUCUGCUGCUGAGGAAGCCGUUGCACUAUCAGUAUGGACAACUGCUACAAUUUGUCGAGCUCUUUCCCUUGAAACUAUUUUGGCCUUGGUUACGGGUGUGCUACUGGAAAAACAAGUGGUUGUCAUAUGCCCAAAUUUGGGAAUUCUUUCGGCUCUUGUGUUAUCUUUAAUUCCAAUUAUUCGUCCCUUUCAGUGGCAGAGUUUAUUUCUUCCCAUUUUGCCACGGAAGAUGCUUGAUUUGCUUGAUGCCCCUGUUCCUUUCAUUGUUGGGUUGCAACAGAAACCAGCUGACUUGAAGACAAAAAUCUCGAACCUUAUUUAUGUCAAUGUCGCAAAAGACCAGGCAAAACCGUGUCACUUGCCAUUACUUCCUCGGUUUAAGGAGCUCGUAUCGGAACUGCAUCCAAUCCACGUUAGAUUGGCACGUGAGGAUCUCAUUGCUCAAAGGCAUCCAGUAUAUAGAUGCAACGAAGUACAGACCGAGGCUGCUGCUCAAUUCUUGAACAUUAUGGGGCAUUACUUGGAAUCCCUGUGUUCUGAUUUGAGGUCUCACGCCAUCACUAGCGUGCAAUCAAACAACGACAGGGUUUCUAUAUUGAUGAAGGAUAGCUUUAUUUCUUCUUUUCCUACUCGUGAUCGAACAUUUGUUAAGUCAUUCAUCGAUACACAACUGUUCAGCGUGUUGUCAGAUGCGCGCCUCUCGAGCUAUGAGGAUUGAAUAGAUCUAAGCUAAACGCGAGGGAUCGGCUUCUUAUGCAGCCCCGAGUUUCUCCCUGUUAUAGAUGAGCAUUUCCCAGAUCACACAUUUCUUACUGUCCGGUCACCAUUCCCACUUUUUUUUUUUUUUGUAGGAUUGAUGAAUUGUAUGUAUAGGUUUAGGAUUUCAAAUAUACUCUCUAUUUACUAAAAAAAAAAAACAGUGCCAUGAUGCUUAAAC